GUAUUCCGAGUUACUGUAGCCCUUUGUCAUCACUCUGUUCCACAUUACAUUCGUCAUUGGACAAUGGCGUCUCAUGUAAGGGGGAGGUUUAGUUUAAAAAUCCCGAAACUCAAUCUGAACAUUAAAACGCGUCGCUUGCGGUACGGGUUUGGAGGCAUAAGGACCUUCUCUUUCAUAUCAGCGAGAAAUAAUAAAAAGUCUCAUACGAUCCUGUUGGUCCAGCCCACCAAGAGACCAGAGGGACGGACAUAUGCUGACUAUGAAUCAGUCAACGAGUGCAUGGAAGGCGUGUGUAAGAUGUACGAGGAGCACCUGAAGAGAAUGAACCCCAACACACCAUCCAUCACCUAUGACAUCAGUCAACUGUUUGACUUCAUCCAUGACCUGGCUGACCUCAGCUGCUUGGUGUACCGUGCGGACUCACAGACGUACCAGCCGUACAACAAGGACUGGAUCAAGGAGAAGAUUUACGUGCUGCUGCGGCGCCAGGCCCAACAGGCUGGGAAAUGAGACCUACAGCCCAGUUCCAGAAUGACUGCACUGCAGACGCCUGAUCUCACAACAACCUGGAUAGGUGUUUAUCAUGUCCGCUAAGCACAUCUUAUGUUAUAGCCAUCUGUUGCCCAACCAUUGGUGGAUGCAACAUCUGCAAUGUAGGCUGCCUGGAACGCGACCAUCAGGGGAAUUUGCCCCUAGAUGCUUGGGUCAGUUUUGCGUUUUCCCUAGUAAUGGUUUAUUUUGGGGGAGGGGGGCUUGGAUCUGUACAUAAGGGAACCUUCACUCCGAAGCGUUUGGAAAAGGAGGGUUGAGUGAUGCUAUGAAUCCAGGAUAUUUUAGUUUUCUAGAGGGAAGGGGGGGGUAAGGCAGCUUACAUUUUGUUAAAAUGUUUGUAUUUAAAGAAUUUCCCCUUUUAUAAAAAUAAAAGUCUGUCUUUUACUUUUAAAAUAAAAAAUGAUUAUUUGUUA